CAACAUUGUCAUGGAAAAAACUCCUUACAUAGGUCGAAAGUGUAAACCUUAGAUUUGCACUUAUAUAACACUACAAUUACCUUACUAAACUCUGGAUUAAUUAACAAUGAAAAACGGAGAAUGGAUGGUUUUUGCCUUACUGGUGUGCAUCUCAGAGAAUAUGGUGGUUGGAAAGUUGACAUGUCUCAGUUGUAGGGGGAUACCGCGAACGACAGAUUGUGGAAUCAUUGAGAAAUGUGGCAGCCAUUCUAACUGUUACAUUGACAUGGUUGUCACCACCGCAGGAGCAAUUUAUUUCGACCUAGGCUGUAGAGAUACUUUACAAUGCGGGGGUUCUGGACGCCGUCGUAACGCAGGAAGGAAUGUUACAUCUUUGCCAUCACCCGAUGUUCUUGGACAAAAAGUGUUACAAGUAGACACGACAACGGUGAAGAAUAACACGUCAGAAUAUUCUGUGCCAACGAAGCAAUCACAUGACACAAUGUUACAGCGGCGGGCCUCCCUGACAACAUGUUCAUCGUGUUGUAGCUAUGGAAACUUUUGUAAUGACAAUGGGUGCGGCCAAACAGGUUUUACACACACGAGAGGACCAAUAUGUUACGCUUGUCAACAGCAGAAAGAUCUUGACGACUGCCGUGAAAUCAAAAUAUGUGGGCGAGACGAGAUAUGUUAUAUAGAAGAAAUCAAUUUGGCCAACGAUAAAAUAUAUCAUACUGGUUGUAUGAGCAAGAUUAAAUGCAAUGACCAAAAUAUCAAUAUGGCAACGUCAAGUGCUGUUAUGAUCGGGAGAGAUUUGGAUCGUGCUUAUUUGAAUGAGAACGUCUUAGAGGUGACACAUCUAGAUAACAGACAGGAAAGGGCGUCAAAUUCGGGCAAAGGUUGUUGUCUUGAUGAUUUGUGUAACACAUUUCUUCCACAAAAUGGUAACUGGGGUCCCUGGACGAGUUGGAGUUCAUGCAGCGCGUCAUGUGGCUACCAUGGUUCGAGACAACGGACAAGAAAGUGCGAGUUUCCACCGCCAAAUUAUGGAGGUCUCCCAUGCGUAGGAAAAGCGACGGAAACUGACGUGACAUGUGCAAACAAAUCAUGUGAUAAAGGUCUGAUUUGCCUGAGCUGUCCGUCAUCUGUAUCUCCUAGAACCUGCAACUACGUAGAAACCUGUGGUCCAAACUCUGUGUGCUACUUGGAACAAUAUGUGACCCAUAUCGGCGAAAUAAGGUUCAGGAGUGGGUGCCGAGAUAGGCUGCAAUGUGAAGAUGGUAUCCGAAGAACUAAGCGGUUCAUGGUAAAUGGUGAUUAUUUGUCAUGCGCUGAGUGUUGCCACGGAACGCUAUGUAACAGCCAUGGUUGUGGUGAGAAAGGGUACCCACAAUUGAGAGGCCCGAUCUGUUACAAUUGUGACCAGCAAUUAGAUACUGAACACUGUGACAAAAUUGAUGUGUGUCUGGAUGGUCAGAAAUGUGGUCUUGUACGUCACCAGUUUGUGGAUACCGUAUAUCAAACAAUGUGCAUGGACAAAAAGAGAUGUAUAUCUGACGACAGCAGUAACACAGACUAUCCAAAAUGUUGCUCCACCACGCUUUGUACGUUUAGAAAUAUAACAAACAAUAAUAAUAUUGCAACACCUUCAAAACCAACGACCACGCAUGGCUUUACUACAGCUCCAUCAACAAAACCAACGACCACACAUGGCUUUACUACAGCUCCAUCGACAAAACCAACGACCACGCAUGGCUUUACUACAGCUCCAUCGACAAAACCAACGACAACGCAUGGCUUUACUACAGCUCCAUCGACAAAACCAACGACCACGCAUGGCUUUACUACAGCUCCAGCGACAAAACCAACGACCACGCAUGGCUUUACUACAGCUCCAUCGACAAAACCAACAAGUCAAAUAGUUGGCCAAUGGUCUGAGUGGGGUGGAUGGUCACCGUGUUUGGAGACAAAGCAAGGUGUCACAGGGACUAAUGAACGUACACGUCACUGUUACAAUCCUAAUCACACACCACCAGAUACAUGUAUAGACGGUCAUACAGAGGAAGACAGAAAAUAUUGUUCUGGCGGUGGUACUGAUGCUUGCACACCCGCCAAGAUUACGGAUAUUAUCGUGAAGGGCAGUUUGGAGCUGCAUGGUAUUGUAGUACUGCAGUGUGCUGUCACCGGCAACCCAAAACCGAAAACUGUCUGGCUCACACAUACUGAUUCGAAUGACAACACCGUACAGAUAUAUAAAGGUGACCCUACACAAAUUCUUGUAGGACCUAUAGAACAUCGCCAUGAAGGGAACUAUGUGUGUGAGGCUUCAAACAAGUGCAGUUAUGCCGUGCAGAAAACAUUCAAAUUUCCUCCAUUGUCAUAAUUCAACAUUAUUACAUUAGUGAUUCCUUUGUAUAUAUAACAAAUUCAAACUA